CAGAGUCACACCGUCCUGUUCCAGGCUGUUUAGCUUCUCCAUAAAUUACAAGACACAGUUGGAAGAAUCGCACGAUGGAGGUCAAGCUGUUAGUUUGUGGUGUCGUGCUCGUGGUCUUCGCGGUUACAGGAAGCAACGCACAAUUAGAUGUUUGUGGCAUUGCGCCUCUCUCCCUCAGGAUCGUAGGGGAGGAUGCUCCUGCAGGAUGGUGGCCCUGGAUGGCCAGUCUGCACUUCAACAACAAGCAUGAAUGUGGAGGUUCUCUGAUCAAUGACCAGUGGAUUCUGACUGCUGCUCACUGUUUCGAGAGCCCCAGCACAUCUGGUCUUAUCGUUUACCUCGGACGUCACACCCAAAAACUCUCUAACCCUAACGAGGUGUCCCGGACUGUUUCCAAGAUCAUCACGCAUUCAGACUUUAAUGACGAAACACUCAACAACGACAUAGCCUUGCUGCAACUGUCCUCGCCUGUUUCUAUCACUGACUACAUCAGACCCGUGUGUCUGGCGGCAAAAGGCAGCGUCUUUAAUGCCGGGAUGACCUGCUGGGUCACCGGAUGGGGAGACAUCCAAUUUGGGGUUCCACUUCCUUACCCACAGAAGCUGCAGGAGGUGAAUAUUCCCAUCGUUUCCAACAGGGAUUGUAACAAUGCCUAUGGCUACAUCACAAGCAACAUGAUCUGUGCUGGUCUGACCCAGGGUGGAAAGGACUCCUGUAAUGGACCACGCCAGAGAUGGUAUUUCCGGCAGUGUGAGCUCUCCCUCAUCUGCGAGGAGAGCGAGGAAGACCCGGAUCCCCUCCCCGCUGAGGAGGAUGCUCCGGCCCCCAUUCAACCGCCUCAGCACCCUCCCCAAGACACCGUGCCACCCAGGGAUCCCGCCCAGGCUAAGGGAUAUAUAUCGCAGCCAGAGGAGCAGCCUAGACCCCCCCCCGCUAGCCAUACCUGCAGCUUGGGGAAGAAGCAGCUGCUGAAAUGA